AUGGCAGACGCAAGCAUUGGCAAGACGGAAGGCAACACCAACGCUGCACACCACAAUAAUGACAUUAAUCAAGCUCGUCGUUCAUCAGUGGCUAGUGUCAAUCUGAACAAGAACCUCGAUGCCAAAGUUUCGAACCCUCUAGUCGGCGUUCCCCAUGAAACGUUGAUGCGCGAUGUUGAGGAUUUCGCACGCGAACACGACCUAGAAGAUAUCAUUGAGCACCUCAAGAAGGGCGCUUUGGUCGCCCAGAGCCCCAAUGGCUUUGACAAUAUUGAAAUGCUUGUUGAAGAGGAUAGACAGCACCUUCGUUUCGAGAAGGAGCACAAGUGGAAGCAUCCGCUCCAACUAUACGUCACAAUCAUUGUAUGCUCCAUCGGCGCUGCUGUGCAAGGCUGGGACCAGACUGGAUCCAACGGAGCGAACCUGUCUUUCCCUGUUGAGUUCGGUAUAGGCGAAGGAGAUACAGAAGGCAGCCCCAACCGGUGGACACACAAUCUGCUUGUUGGCCUCGUCAAUGCUGGACCAUAUAUUGGAAGUGCCUUCAUCGGAUGCUGGAUCAGCGACCCCUGCAACUACUACUUUGGACGCCGCGGCACUAUUUUCAUCUCUGCUAUCUUCUGUGUGCUCACCCCGAUCGGCGGUGCUUUGACCCAGACCUGGGAGCAGUUACUCAUUACCCGCAUCCUGAUGGGCAUUGGCAUGGGAUUGAAAGGUUCAACAGUUCCCAUAUUUGCUGCUGAGAAUUCUCCAGCCCAGAUUCGUGGUGCUUUGGUCAUGAGCUGGCAAAUGUGGACUGCCUUCGGUAUCUUCAUGGGCUACUGUGCCAACUUGGCGGUAUAUCAAGUGCCCGUGAUUGCAUGGCGCCUACAAAUUGGAUCAGCCUUCAUUCCAGCAGUUCCUUUGACAAUUGGCAUCUACUUCUGCCCCGAGUCACCCAGAUGGUUGAUCAAGAAGAAUCGCUACCGUAAGGCCUGGCAAUCACUGGUGCGCUUGCGCUUCAGCCCCGUGCAGGCAGCUCGCGAUCUCUACUACAUCCAUGCCCAGCUCCAAGUCGAGGCGCAGAUCAUUGGCAGAUCGAAUUACUUCAAACGGUGUACGGAGCUGUUCACCAUCCCUCGAGUGCGCAGGGCUACCCUGGCUUCUUUUGUCGUUAUGAUAGCACAGCAAAUGUGCGGAAUCAACAUCAUCGCUUUCUACUCAAGCACCAUCUUCAGACAGGCAAAUGCUACUGAAAGAGAAGCGCUCAUUGCCUCUUUUGGCUUCGGUCUUGUCAACUUCGUAUUUGCCUGGCCUGCCAUCUGGACCAUUGACACAUUCGGUCGAAGGAGCCUGCUCCUCUUCACCUUCCCGCAGAUGGCCUGGUCUUUGCUCGCUACUGGACUGUGCUUUCUCAUUCCCAGAAGCAAUCCCGCCCAUCUGGGUUUGAUCGCCUUAUUCAUUUACAUCUUUGCCGCAUUCUAUUCUCCAGGAGAAGGCCCGGUGCCUUUCACGUACAGUGCUGAAUGCUUCCCUCUUACUCAUCGCGAGGUUGGAAUGGGUUGGGCAGUCGCUACAUGUCUCUUCUGGGCGGCCGUACUGUCCAUCACCUUCCCACUUAUGCUAUCUGCCAUGGGACCGACGGGAGCCAUUUGCUUCUACGCCGGUCUGAACAUGGUCGCAUUCUGCAUGAUCUUUCUCUGGCUGCCGGAAACAAAGCAGCGUACUCUCGAAGAGCUCGACUACAUCUUCGGCGUACCCACGAGCAAGUUUAUCAACUACAACUUCCGUGUCGCUCUCCCCUGGUGGUGGAAGCGCUGGGUUAUGUUUGAUAAGUCCGCGACACUCACGCCGUUGUACACUUUCGAU